GAUGCCUUUGACGAGGGGGCUUCGUUGUAGUUUAAAUAAGGGAGGCUGCCCCCCGUUUUCCUCCACACUAACUCAAACACAAACUGCUCUUUCUUACUCACUCCUCUUCUUGAAAAGCUCUUCAUUUUGAGUUCAGACAAUAAUUAUUAAUCAGUGCAGACAGAGUUUCAGGUCUCAUAAUUUCGUGCCUCACGUAGUAUUCUCGGAGAAACUCUGUGAAAGAAUUCGACCAAAGGGUGUAAAGAAACUGCCAAAAUUUAAGCUUUGAUGGCUAGAGAACAGCUGCAAGUGCUUAAUGCACUUGAUGUGGCCAAAACGCAAUGGUACCAUUUCACUGCAAUUGUGAUAGCUGGGAUGGGCUUCUUCACCGACGCCUAUGAUCUCUUCUGCAUAUCUCUGGUGACGAAGCUGCUCGGCCGCAUUUACUACCACCACGACGGGGCGUUGAAGCCCGGCACGCUGCCGCCCAACGUCUCGGCCGCUGUCAACGGUGUAGCCUUUUGUGGCACGCUUGCUGGCCAGCUCUUUUUCGGGUGGCUCGGCGAUAAAUUAGGCAGGAAAAAGGUCUACGGAAUGACACUUAUGCUGAUGGUGAUCUGCUCAAUUGCCUCGGGGCUUUCCUUUGGCGACAGGCCUAAGGCUGUUAUGGCUACUCUCUGCUUCUUCCGGUUCUGGCUGGGAUUCGGCAUUGGUGGCGACUACCCUCUCUCGGCCACGAUCAUGUCCGAGUACGCCAACAAGAAGACUCGUGGGGCUUUCAUUGCUGCCGUUUUUGCAAUGCAAGGUUUUGGAAUCUUGGCUGGCGGGAUGGUGGCGAUCAUUGUUUCAGCUGCGUUUAAGGCCGCUUAUCCGGCCCCUGCGUAUCAGGAUAACCCCUUAGCUUCUACUGUCUCGCAGGCUGAUUUCGUUUGGCGUUUGAUCCUAAUGUUUGGUGCGCUCCCGGCUGCCCUGACGUACUAUUGGCGUAUGAAGAUGCCAGAAACUGCCCGUUACACUGCUUUAGUGGCCAAGAACGCGAAACAGGCUGCUUCCGAUAUGUCAAAGGUGCUGCAGGUUGAGCUAGAGGCGGAACCGGAGAAAAUCGAGAGGUUUGCUCAGUAUAAAGGCAAUGACUUCGGGUUGUUUUCGAAAGAGUUCGUUCGCCGCCAUGGACUUCAUUUGCUCGGCACGACAACCACUUGGUUCUUGCUGGAUAUCGCCUUUUACAGUCAGAACCUUUUCCAGAAAGACAUUUUUAGUGCUAUUGGAUGGAUCCCACCAGCCAAGACAAUGAAUGCACUUGAAGAAGUCUUCAGAAUUGCAAGGGCUCAGACUCUGAUUGCCCUUUGCAGCACUGUUCCAGGCUACUGGUUUACAGUGCUUUUUAUCGACAGAAUAGGGAGGUUUGCGAUCCAGCUCAUGGGAUUCUUCUUCAUGACUGUGUUUAUGUUCGCAUUAGCCAUUCCUUACACUCACUGGACUCAUAGGGAAAACAGAAUUGGUUUUGUGAUCAUGUACUCACUCACUUUCUUCUUCGCCAACUUCGGGCCAAACGCUACGACGUUUGUCGUCCCAGCUGAGAUUUUCCCAGCAAGGUUAAGGUCCACGUGCCACGGUAUAUCAGCAGCUGCAGGCAAAGCUGGGGCAAUUGUCGGGGCGUUUGGAUUUUUAUAUGCAGCACAGCCUAAGGACCCAAGCAAGAGGGACGCCGGCUACCCUGCAGGCAUUGGCAUCAAGAACUCACUCAUCGUGCUCGGAUGCAUCAACGCGUUAGGCAUGUUUUUCACGCUUUUGGUGCCCGAGUCCAAGGGUAAAUCUUUGGAGGAACUGUCGGCCGAGAAUGAGAAUGAGGAUGAGAAUGGGACAGUGGAAAUGAGGCCAACGGCUGCUAAUGACUUUAGGACAGUGCCAGUUUAAGUAGGUCUGUCCAUUAAGUAUUUGAGGUUACUAUAGAUGAAUGUGUGAAGUUUACAUGGCCAUUUAGGGUUGUUUUUUAAGUGGUUUAUGUUGUUUUAUGUCUUAAAGGUGGAGUAUAUAAGGUCCUUGCGUUUAUUCUCUCUUUUGCCAUGGUCUUGUAGUAUUCCAAGUGCGGUGCCAUAAUGAAAUGUAAUUAGAGUACAAACUCAAGAAACAGGUUGGAUUUCGUCGAAUUUGAAUCUAUUAUGUAACAA